CAUGAGAGAGAGAGAGAGAGAAAGAGAGAGCUAAACCAAUUCAACUUGAUAUGAGAGAAAAUCUAAUUAUCUUCCAUUCCCACAGAACCGUCACCCCAAACAAUGAGUGGUGGAGGGUGCGUUCUGCGUUGACAGCCAGCAUGAGCGGUGACAGGAGGUGUGUGAGACGCAUGACAGCUUUAGUGACAAGUUCAUGCAGGCAGUGGUGCAAUAUUAUUCCCUCAACACUCUCAUUCACUUUGAGGGCUUGGAAACCACAGUGCCUUCAGAUUUGUGGAGAACCAUGGGUGCCUUGCCUCCUCGCACCACCACCACAAGCACCACCACUCCUGCCAUCACCUACAAGGGGGAGACUGUGAUGUGGCUGCAGGUGGAUAGGUUCGGAGGCCUCCAGAGAGCUGCCCAGAGUGAAGCUUGUGGUAUAGAGGGACAGCUGCUGAUUAUCAAGCUUAUGGAGUGACUGGAAGAAAGUGGGAGGAGCCUGGAAGGAGUGGUGGAGGUACAGUACUUGGAGAAAAUCCCUCCACCAUGACGACUGGGUGUCUGCUGUACAGUCCACCGACCAAUGGUUACCUUGUUGAUGUGCAGUCUUGCUAUGUGGGCGAUGAACACCUCUGGGACAUGACGAGCAGAUGCCCAUCCAGCACAGCUCAACUUGUAUGGAAUGUGGACCUGGACCAUCACAUGAAUGCCACUGCCUUUGAUAUGUGUUUGAUAUGGCUUCUAUUGCUUUCAAGUGACUAUCUGCCUCUGUGAAAUAUGGAAGAUCUUACAAGCUCAAGCAUGAGUAUUAAUGGUGAUAUGAGUGUGGUGUGUCUGAAUUAACUGUCAGAGUAUUGUAAAUAUUAUUACUUAGUCUUCCCAGUUAUGAAAUUAAGAACAGUUGUGAAGUUUGCUUUAAAACCCUUCAUUAACUUUGCCACAAAACACUUUUACAUGUUGUCAAAAGUGUGUAACUGUUAUGAAGUGUGUGUAUACUCGUAUAUCAUUACUACAGAAGAAUCUGGAAUUUCCCCUCAGAUUACUUUAAUGAAUGAAGCUUGAGUUCACAGAUGUGUGGUUUGUCAAUUUCACCUGUAUUCUCUCCUCUAUGGCAGUCUGUUCUGGCAAAGUUUCAUUUGUCAAAAGCAUUACAGUUUGUAAAUGGUGUGUCUUCAUAUGCCUUCACUAGCAAUUAUGAAUUACACUAUGGUCAUGGGUUUUGUUCUUUUAAUACAGUUGCCUCAAGAUAUUCUGAGCUUUACAAUGCUGUCUUUAGUACACUGCAAGAAAAUAUAGAAAUUUCAUGUGGCAACAUUUAUUUUUAAAACAUUAUUUAUUACUUUUAAAAAUAGCAAUGUGGGGCUUCCUUAAUGCAAAUAGUCUUGCCCAAAAAAAAUUGAUGUCAAACACUAACUUUUCUUAACACAGCACAACCAAAACCACUCAAAAUUAUACAUUAAUUUUUUUUAUAGAGCAACAUGUGUGGAAAGUGGUACCAGAAAUAUUUGCAUAACAAAUAUUUGGUUCUGGACCUUAGCACUUAUACAGUACUGCACUAACUUACACACAAGGUUAAUUAAUGAUGUAAUACUCAGGUGAAGCUGGAUUUUCAAAAGACUGAUCAAUAUUUUUUCCCAGAUGUCAUUUUUAUGCAGCUGACUGAAGGAGAAAACAUUGCAAAGGUCACACUAUUCUUAAAUCUUACUAAAAUGUAUGCGCAUCACUUUCUGCUUUCACCCCAAUGGCACACAAACCAAAAUUCAUGGGUAUGGAGAUGGCUGGGCUAGUUCCUGUGGCCACCCCUCUUAUAUCUUAAUUUGCCACUGUCUUCCCUGUGUGCUGGUUAAGUUCCUGCAUUGCAAUACUUAAUCUACUCACUGCUGAAGUCCCUGGAAACUAGGUAGAAUAAUUUAGAAUGACAUGGUUAAGUUAAUGCCUAUAAAAUCUCAUUUGUAAUAUUCAGGAAGAUUGAAUUAUUCUUCCUCUGUUGAAGCAAAUGAUAUGACAUUGACUAGAAGCUUUCACAAUAUUUAUAGACUUUCUUGUAUCAGCGAUCUUUUGGAAAUGCAGCCAUUAAUCUGUAAAUACUUGUAUAGUGUAGCUGGCAUGAACGUUGCAGUCUUCAUGAUGUACUAGUGGACAAGCAGGAAGUGAUGGUGUUGAGCCACUGUAGUAGUGAUGUUAUGGUAGGAAGUUACUGUCAAGAUCAGGACGUCUGCAAGUUCAAAUGGUCACCUAACAAUUGCACCUUAGUAGAAAAA